UAUAUAUAUGUGGAGCUUCUUCCUCUUAGAAACUCAAGUAUCUUCUCACAGAUUUUACACAAUUUAAGGGAAUUAGAAGGUGAUGGGUAACCACACAGACGCUAGAAACUUUGGCCAACGAGAAAUCACGGCGGCAGAGAUGGAGUCUCUAGCCAGCUUCUGCGAAGCCGUUUUGCCUCCAGUGCCGCAUCCUGAAGAACUUCUCGGCGAAGAUGAUCACCACCCGAACAAAGAGGCUCUCCGGUCAUUUUACACAACUUGCGGGUCUCAGACUCCCGUCGCUCGCCAGACCAUUGACUUGAUCAUUAAACGAGGGACGAUGGAAGCUUACCUUGCAGCGAGACUAGUCUUGUUCCUGCUUGCUACUCGGCUUGGGACGUUACUCAUUUGUGGAACAGAGUGUUUGGUCUCGAGCUGGCCUUUUGUCGAGAAAUUCAGCGAACUCUCGUUGGAGAAGAGGGAAAGAGUACUUCAGAAACAAUUCAGAAACUGGUUCUUGACUCCUAUUAGAGCUGCCUUCGUCUACAUUAAAGUUGCCUUCCUCUUCUGUUUCUUCUCUCGGGUUAGUUCAAAUGGCGAGAACCCUGCAUGGGAAGCUAUAGGUUAUCGGGUAAACCUCGAUGAGAACAAACCUUCUGAAACUCAAAAAGAAAGACCUCUCGAGAAAGGGGUGGUGGAGACCAUGAAAGAAACAGAACAAACUCUUCUCGAGUCACUUACUCAAAAGGGCCUAGAAUCAGACACAGACCACGAUGCCAUCAGGAUCAAAUGCGACGCUGUGGUGGUCGGAUCCGGUUCAGGAGGAGGCGUAGCAGCUUCUGUGCUAGCAAAAGCCGGUCUGAAAGUGGUUGUCAUGGAGAAAGGAAGCUACUGUACAGAGUCAGACUAUCCUCCUUUCGAAGGUCAUGGCAUGGAAAAACUAUAUGAGAACGGAGGGAUCCUCCCAAGCAUCGAUGGAUGUCUCAUGAUCUUGGCUGGUGCAACUGUAGGAGGUGGAUCUGCUGUGAACUGGUCUGCGUGUAUCAAAACGCCGAAGUCAGUUCUUCAAGAAUGGUCUGAAGAUCACAAGAUACCUCUCUUUGGCACCAAAGAAUACGUUUCGGCUAUGGACUUAAUGUGGAAGAGGAUGGGUGUCACGGAGACUUGUGAAAAAGAGGGCUUUCAGAACCAGGUUCUGAGAAAAGGCUGCGAGAAUCUCGGUAUCAAUGUCCAAAACGUCGCACGUAACUCCUCGGAGAAGCAUUACUGCGGGUCUUGCGGGUAUGGAUGCAGACAGGGAGAGAAGAAAGGAAGCGACAGGACGUGGCUUGUCGACGCUGUGAGUCACGGAGCUGUGGUUUUAACUGGAUGUAAAGCGGAGAGGUUCAUACUAGAAAAUAACGGUAAUAAGAACAGAGGAGGCAAGAAGAUGAAAUGCUUGGGCGUGUUGGCUAAAUCCUUAAACGGAAACAUAGCCAAGAAGAUCAAGAUCGAAGCUAAAGUGACGGUUUCCGCGGCUGGUUCUCUUCUAACACCUCCGUUGAUGAUCUCUAGCGGGUUGAGAAACAGACAUAUCGGUAAGAACCUUCACUUACAUCCUGUCCUAAUGGCGUGGGGUUUCUUUCCGGACAAGGAAUCUUCUAGUUUCAAGGGGAAAUCCUACGAAGGCGGGAUCAUAACAUCAAUGAGCAAAGUGUUGUCAGAAGAUUCAGAAGUUAGAGCCAUCAUAGAGACGCCAGCGCUAGGACCAGCCUCAUUCUCGGUGCUAUGUCCUUGGACCUCAGGGGUCGACAUGAAGAAGAGAAUGUCAAGAUACUCAAGAACCGCGAAUCUCAUAACGAUUGUUAGAGAUCGCGGGUCAGGAGAGGUGAAAACCGAAGGCAGGAUAAGCUACGUUGUGGAUAAAACCGAUAAAGAGAAUCUCAGAGCAGGGCUUAGACAGUCGUUGAGGAUACUUAUUGCAGCUGGAGCAGAGGAAGUGGGAACUCACAGAAGCGACGGGCAGAAACUGGUAUGCAAAGGCGUUGAUGAGAAGUCGAUAGAGGAGUUUUUGGACUCGGUGAGUGCAGAGGAAGGGCCAAAGGCGAUGACGGAGAAAUGGGGUGUGUAUAGCUCAGCUCAUCAGAUGGGAAGCUGCAGAAUAGGUGAAGAUGAGAAAGAAGGUGCGUUAGAUUUGAAUGGAGAGAGUUGGGAAGCUGAGAGGCUGUUUGUGUGCGAUGGAAGUGUGUUGCCCAGUGCUGUUGGUGUUAAUCCUAUGAUUACUAUUAUGUCUACUGCUUAUUGUAUCUCUACAAGAAUUGUAAAGUCCAUGACCACCAGAGGCUUAUCUCAUUGAAGGAAGUGUGGUCUCAGUUUACUAGUGUAUCAUACCUGCAUUAAAAUAUUCAUGCAAGUCUACUAUUAUUUUCUUAUAGUGGUAAGUUAAUAUUACACACUUAAUAGUGAAAUUAAUGUAUAACCAACAAUUAUUGUUUGGUACUUGUGGUGAAUUUUUUUUUUA